CACCCUUGGUUUAUUUCAGCAAACCUCAUACGGUCACCCUGCUGGCCAACUAUUAAAUAGAAAAUUUGCAAAUUUUGAUAAACGCACAAAAUGGAGCCUUAUGAUGUCGUCGUUAACCAGCCCGUCGUCAUAGAUAACGGCUCCGGUGUGAUCAAAGCCGGCUUUGCUGGCGAGCACAUUCCAAAAUGCAGGUUCCCCAAUUACAUUGGCCGGCCCAAGCAUGUCCGGGUGAUGGCUGGCGCCCUGGAGGGCGACAUAUUCGUUGGUCCCAAGGCGGAGGAACACCGUGGUCUGCUCAGCAUCCGGUAUCCCAUGGAGCACGGUAUUGUCACCGACUGGAACGACAUGGAGCGGAUAUGGAGCUACAUUUACAGCAAAGAACAACUGGCCACUUUCACGGAGGACCAUCCCGUGCUGCUGACCGAAGCCCCGCUUAAUCCGCGCCGCAAUCGCGAGAAGGCCGCCGAGUUCUUCUUCGAAGGCAUCAAUGCACCUGCGCUCUUUGUCUCCAUGCAGGCGGUGCUCAGUCUCUAUGCCACCGGACGCGUGACUGGUGUGGUGCUCGACUCCGGCGACGGUGUGACGCAUGCGGUCCCCAUCUACGAGGGAUUCGCCAUGCCUCACAGUAUUAUGCGCGUGGACAUCGCCGGGCGCGAUGUGACACGCUACCUGAAGACACUCAUCCGCCGGGAGGGCUUCAACUUCCGGUCGACAGCCGAAUUUGAGAUUGUGCGCUCCAUCAAGGAGAAGGUCUGCUACCUGGCCACCAACCCGCAAAAGGAGGAGGCGGUGGAGACCGAGAAAUUCGCCUACAAGCUGCCCGACGGCAAGACCUUCGAGAUCGGACCGGCCCGCUUCAGGGCGCCGGAGGUACUCUUCCGCCCCGAUCUGCUGGGCGAGGAGUGCGAGGGCAUACACGACGUUCUGAUGUACUCCAUCGAAAAGUCGGAUAUGGAUCUCAGGAAAAUGCUCUACCAGAACAUCGUCCUCUCGGGCGGAUCCACACUUUUCAAGGGUUUCGGCGACCGCCUGUUGUCCGAACUCAAGAAGCACUCGGCCAAGGAUCUCAAGAUCAGGAUCGCCGCGCCUCAGGAACGACUGUACUCCACAUGGAUGGGCGGAUCGAUUUUAGCCUCGCUUGAUACCUUCAAGAAGAUGUGGAUUUCGAAGCGGGAAUACGAGGAAGAGGGGCAGAAAGCCGUGCACAGAAAGACUUUUUAGUGUGUUAGCUUAAACGCCAGUUGUAAAAGGCUAAUUAAAAUGUAUAUCAAAUCCUUGUGUCAGCUAACAUCAAGUACCCCAGAAAUUCAAAACUAUUGUGUACGUUUUACGCAUAAAUGGGCGCAAAGUAUUUAAAAUGCUAUUUAUUGAAAAACUGCUUUCCCAGCCUAGAAAAUAAAGUACUAAAAUGUAUAAAACGGAUGGUUAUUUCCCAGCGCAACUCAUAAAGAAUAAAUCAACAGCUAUUGUAA